CACAAGCGGCCGGCGUGUGCGUGUAUGCGUCGCUUGCAGCGCGACCUCAUCAUUCGUACCUCAAGUCUCUUUUUGCUCUCCUUCCAUCCGUGCCGAUUCUUGUCAUCCACGAUUUACGUUUCAUAGAAUUCUCCAAGAAGGCACACUGAGGUUAACAAGAUCAAUUCUCCUCGCUCGCUCAUUCGCGACCGCUGCCGCAUCGCACCAGCAGGGAUCACGCAUUAGCUCUGCUUACCCGCUUCCCAAUCCGCGCUGGUUCAGGGGCCACGAAGCAUACAAUUGCACGCCACGAUGGCCUCGCUUCUGGCAUCCAUCGUGCAAUGGCUUCGAUCUUUGCUCUUUUCAAAACACCUAGAGAUAUGCGUAGUAGGACUGAAUGCGGCUGGAAAGACUUCGCUGGUCAAUGUGCUUGCGAGCGGGCAAUUUAGCGCGGAGAUGGUCCCGACUGUCGGCUUCAACAUGCGCAAGGUGCAGUCUGGCAACACCACCAUCAAAGUGUGGGACAUUGGUGGUCAGCCUAGGUUUAGGAACAUGUGGGAAAGAUAUUGUCGAGGUGUUUCAGCCAUCGUCUUUGUGGUGGAUUCCGCCGUUCCUCUGCCUCGAGAAGGUGCUGUCCAGAGCAGCGGCGGCGCCGGCGGGGCGACUACGACGGACCCAUCUGAUCCUUCGACCAGCUGGCAAGUGGCUACAGAGGAGCUGCAUGCGCUUGUCGCUAGACCCAUGUUGGCUGGAUUGCCGCUCCUUGUGCUAGCUACCAAGAACGACGUCAAGGGGGCUGCGAGCGCGGAAGAUGUGAUCAGGAUCAUGCGCCUAGAAACAAUAGCGAAUCGAGAAGUAUCUUGCUACUCCAUUUCAUCCAAGGUGCAGACCAACAUCGACGUCACCCUGCGAUGGCUCUGCGCAAGGAGCCCAGCCGGUGCUCGAUGAGUGCAUUCUCGCCCAAGUCUUUGUCAUGUACGCGCAUCUGGAGCCAAUCAUCGCACAGCAUUGGACCCGGUGAACGCUUUCGUAAUCAGAACCCGUGAUGCGGUACCUCAAGUGGACCCUGCUAUGCGCUCUCUUUCACAAUUGCACUGUCAGAGACGUCGCCCGGUGCCUCGCAGUGGAGCUGGAUGAUUAGGCAGCGACACGCCGAAGGUCCCAAUAUUCGCCGCCAGCGAUGCUGGCCCUUGUUCCCAGCUUGAAAUGGGAGCAUGUCGUGGCGAGAGUUGAGAGCGAAGGGAAUUGCGGCUAUGGCAGCCACUCUAACGUCACUCACGGCUCGGACAGUGUGCGUCCCCGCGUGCGCAGAGGG